UGCUCGAAGGAAAAUCCAACUCUGUCUGCUCUCGCUCAUAUUUUAUUGUGAAUGAACAUCCCUCAGACCACAAACCAGACACGUUCUGACAUUUUCUCAGUCUAAAAACACACCCAUUUUCAUCUGCUUCAAUUCACAUGCGUGCUGUUUCUCUUGCUAAGAAAUCUCCCCCUCCAACAUCACAGCAUAACUGCUACACCAAGGACUAAAUUCCCUGGAACUGAUCAUGUUCAUGAUCCUUCUGAAACUGCUACUCUUCCUCACAUGGAUUUCUUCUCCAUCUCUUUCCACCUCCAUGACCCAGCUUGACACUCUCUUAGCCAUCAGAGACUCUCUAGACCCAGAGAACCGCGUGUUGCUCUCAUGGACCCCCCAUUCUGACCCCUGUAGUAGUGCCUCUUUUGAGGGUGUGGCUUGCAAUGACCAAGGCCUCGUUACCAAUAUUUCACUGCAAGGAAAGGGUCUAUAUGGAAGAGUACCUGAAGCUUUGGCUGCUCUCAAGAGCUUGACGGGUCUCUUCCUUCACUUCAAUGCCCUCACUGGGAUAUUACCAAAGGAAAUUUCCACUUUGACUGAGCUAAGUGAUUUGUAUCUCAACGUCAAUAACCUCUCUGGUGACAUCCCUCGCGAGAUUGGCAAUAUGUCAAAUCUUCAAGUUUUGCAGCUUUGCUAUAACAAAUUUAGUGGGAGUAUACCUACUGACCUGGGAAGGUUGAGGAAGCUCGGUGUUCUUGCACUGCAAUAUAAUCAAUUAAAUAGCGCUAUUCCAGCUAGUUUGGGUGAAGUGGGGACAUUGGAACGAUUGGAUUUGAGCUUCAAUAACCUUUUCGGUCCUAUUCCAGUCACAUUGGCUAAUGCACCUAAUCUCCAGACUCUGAAUAUUCGUAACAAUUCUCUCUCUGGCCGUGUACCUACAGCUCUGAGAAGACUCAAAGGUGGGUUUCAGUACAUGAACAAUCCGGGUUUAUGUGGGACUGGAUUCGCUGAUUUAGAUUCUUGCAAAGGAGUAAGCACUUCAGAACCAGUUAGACCCGAACCAUAUGAACCUGGUGAUAUAUCUACGAAAGAUCUUCCUGCAUCAAUAGAACCACAGCGUGAAAGCUGCGGCGGUGGUCAUUGUAAAAGGACAUCGAAAUCUUCAAAAAUUGGUCUGGUUUUUACCGUCAUUGGACUCGUUUUUGCUUCAACCGUUGCAGGAAUGAUUUUGCUAUUCUGGCGACGUAGUCAGAUUCAGAAAAUUGGAAGUUCUGAUAACCGGCUUAAGCAAGUGUGUAAGAAAAGUGCGUUUCCUCUUAUCAGUUUGGAGUAUUCUGACGGUUGGGACCCAUUAGAGAAAGGUCGAUGUGGGUAUUCCCAGGAAUUUCUUGAGAGCUUUAUGUUUAAUCUUGAAGAAGUAGAACGCGCAACUCAAAUCUUCUCAGAGGUAAAUUUAUUGAGGAAGAGUGAUUCUUCAGCUGUGUACCGGGGGGUUUUGAGAGAUGGUUCUGCUGUGACUAUAAAGUGUAUCGCCAAAACAAGCUGCAAAUCAGAUGAAGGAGAGUUCUUGACAGGUUUGAAGAUAUUGACCUCGUUAAGGCAUGAAAAUCUAGUUCGUUUGAGAGGGUUUUGCUGUUCAAAAGGCCGCGGAGAAUGUUUUCUGAUCUAUGACUCUCUCUCUAAUGGGAGUUUGUUGCAGUAUCUUGAUGUUAAGAGAAACAGUGGUAGGGUACUUGAUUGGUCGAUCAGAGUGUUCAUCAUUCGUGGUAUUGCCAAAGGUAUCGAUUAUCUGCAUAGGAAAAAAGGAAGCAAACAUGGGAUCGUUCACCAAAAUAUAUCAGCUGAAAACGUACUUCUGGAUGCUGGGUACAAGGCUUUACUUGCAGAUUCCGGAUUGCACAAGCUCCUUGAAGAUGAUGUUGUUUUUUCCGCCCUCAAAGCUAGCGCUGCCAUGGGAUAUCUGCCUCCAGAGUACACCAAAACUGGUCGUUUGACAGAAAAGAGUGAUGUGUAUGCCUUUGGAGUGAUUGUUUUCCAGCUUCUCACCGGAAAACGUGACAUCACCCAGUUGAAUUGCCAAAGUGGCAUUUUGAAAGAUAUAGUUGAUGAGAAUCUUGAAGGGAUGUUCUCAGAAUCAGAGGCCACCAAGCUGAGAAGAGUUGCUGUGCUUUGCACUCACGAGUCUCCACAUCUUCGACCAUCUAUGGAUACCCUAAUGCUAGAACUGGAUGAUAAUGAGUAGUAGUAGUAGUAGUUCCUCACAUGUAGCAUCCUUGUUGAUCUCUCUACAUUGGAAAUUUCUCACUUUUGGUUCACUAUUAGAAUUUUGAUA